CGGUGGCUCUGGUUGAGGAGGGGGGAGGCGUGGCGUAGUGCGCUACCUGGACACAAGUCGGGGAACUGAUCACCCCCGGCUGGGUCGCCCGAGUGAGGGUGUAUGACUAAGACCCGAAACACCCAGUGAUCUCGGGAGAGUCACUGAAGAUGUGUCCAGGUUGCACCACUAGGUGUAUUACAAUCCUAAUCCAACAUGGCAGAGCCAUUGACUUUCAGGAAAGACUGGAUGACAACCCCGAAAGUGUGGUGACAUCUGGAGAGACAGAGGACAGCUCGGAGAGACGGCAACUGGGGCAGGUAGGGGUAGCAUCCCGAACUGCAGCUCCCGCAAGGGAGCACCCUAACAACGCUACGAAGAACCCUAAAGAGUUAUACCCCCAGGGGUGCCCGAGAGGGGGGGAGAAUGAGCACCCCAACUGGACGGAUUCUAUGGUAACGACCCUUGCAAACGGACAGUUGACGACGAGUGCAGUCUGCAAAUGUGGCAAGGUCUGCAAAAAUCUGAAAGGUCUGAAGAUUCACCAGACCAAGAUGCGCUGUUUAAGGAACCCCGUGGAGCAACGCACAGUGCCAGUACCCAGUACGGCAUCUGGUGAGACGGAGGAGGAUCCGGGCCCGGAGUCACCCCACAGUGCCCAGAGCCUCCAUGCACUACCGGCGACGCCCCAAAGCAGAGCCUCAGAACAUCGACAGAUUUUGUGGCCCGCUGCCAACAAGGAGUCGGAGUGGCUUCAGUUUGAUAAGGAUGUUGAUUCAGCCCUAGAAGUAACAGCGAAGGGUGAUGUGGACCAGAGGCUCAAGACAAUGAGCACAUUCAUAAUCAGCAUUGCAUCAGACAGGUUUGGCAUCAAGGAACAUCGUGCCACCAAGACAACUAAUGUAGCAAUUCCAAACCGGCGUGAGAAAAAGAUCGCUCAACUCAGACAAGAGCUGAGGGCACUAAGGUACCAGUACAGGAAGGCGAGUGACGAAGAGAAGAAGGCCUUGGCAGAACUAAGGAUUGUGGUGAGGGAGAGGCUGCUCAUCCUCCGCCGUGCUGAGUGGCACAGGAAGAGAGGAAAGGAGAGGGCCCGCAAGCGCAGCUCCUUUAUCGCAAACCCAUUUGGAUUUGCAAAGAAACUGCUGGGAGAGAAAUGCAGUGGCCAGCUCUCAUGUCCGAAGGAAGACAUCAACCGCCACUUAAGGAACACUUACAGUGACGGCAUGAGAGACCAAGACCUUGGCCCCUGUGAAGCCCUGAUAUGCCCAUCUGAACCCAGUACACUUUUUGACACCAGAACACCCACCUUUAAGGAGGUCAAAGAGGUAAUCAAAGCGUCAAGAGCUGCAUCAGCACCAGGCCCCAGUGGAGUCCCAUACAAGGUCUUCAAACAUUGCCCCCGCCUGCUGGAGCGUCUGUGGAAGAUCUUCAGAGCUAUCUGGAAAAGAGGGAAGGUGCCCCAGAUGUGGAAGCAUGCAGAGGGAGUAUGGAUUCCCAAAGAGGAAAACGCAAAGAACAUUGAGCAGUUCAGAUCAAUAUCCCUCCUCAGUGUGGAGUGCAAGGCCUUCUUUAAGGUAAUUUCCAACCGUCUCAUGGAAUUUCUGCUGAAGAACUCCUACAUCGAUACAUCUGUGCAAAAGUGGGGUGUGCCAGGAGUCCCGGGGUGUAUCGAGCACACUGGUGUAGUGACACAGCUGAUCCGUGAGGCGAGAGAGAGCAGGGGUGAUUUGGCGGUUCUUUGGCUGGACCUCGCCAAUGCUUAUGGAUCGAUUCCGCACAAGUUGGUGGAAUUAUCCCUGAGCAGAUAUCAUGUCCCAGAGAAGGUGCGGCACCUCAUCCUGGACUAUUAUGAAGAUUUUAGUCUCAGGGUGUCCUCAGGGGCAUCAACAUCGGAUUGGCACCGUCUGGAAAAAGGAAUAAUCACUGGCUGCACGAUCUCUGUCUCCCUGUUUGCCCUCGCCAUGAAUAUGUUGGUUAAGUCAGCAGAAGUAGAGUGCCGAGGCCCAUUAUCCAAAUCUGGUACCCGGCAGCCACCAAUCCGAGCAUUUAUGGAUGACCUCACGGUAACUACUACAUCAGUGCCUGGGUGCAGAUGGUUGCUGCAAGGCCUGGAUAGACUCAUCUCUUGGGCAAGGAUGAGUUUCAAGCCUGGGAAGUCCAGAUCCCUGGUCUUGCGGAAAGGGAAGGUAACGGACCGCUUCCGCUUCAGCCUGGGAAAUACCACUAUUCCAUCUGUGUCUGAAAAACCAGUGAAGAGCCUUGGAAAGCUCUUCAAUGGUGAUCUGAAGGACACCGCUGCACGGCAAGCAACCAGCACCAACCUUAACCAGUGGCUCCUAGCUGUUGACAAGUCUGGACUUCCUGGGAAGUUCAAGGCUUGGAUCUAUCAGCACAACAUCCUGCCCCGUCUCCUCUGGCCUUUGCUGAUGUAUGAGAUCCCACUUACGACCGUGGAGGGCUUUGAGAGGAAGAUCAGUCAGUACCUGCGCAGGUGGCUGGGCUUGCCUCGCAGUCUGAGCAGUAUUGCCCUGUUUGGACAUGGGACCAAGCUCACGCUCCCGUUGAGCAGCGUGUCAGAGGAGUUCAAGGUUGCCCGGGCUAGAGAAGUCCUUCUCUACAGAGACUCCACUGAUGGGAAGGUGUCUUCAGCAGGGAUAGAGGUCCGCACUGGAAGAAAGUGGCGUGCCAAGGACGCAGUGGAAAGAGCCGAGGCGAGGCUGCAUCACAGCACCAUGGUGGGUACAGUGGCCACAGGGCGGGCAGGGCUGGGCAGCAACCCGAAGCCCUGCUACAACAGAGUGACAGGGAAGGACAGGCGUAAACUCAUCCAAGAGGAGGUUCGGGCAGAGGUGGAAGAAGCUCGCUUCAGCAGGGUGGUGGGCAUGAGCAAGCAGGGGGCCUGGACCAAGUGGGAGCAUGUUUCCAGCCGUAAGAUCACCUGGACUGAUGUAUGGAGGGCGGAGCCACAUCAUUUCAGGUUCCUCGUCCAAGCGGUGUAUGAUGUCCUCCCGAGCCCCACUAACCUGUUCACCUGGGGCCUGAUAGAAUCACCUGCGUGUCAACUCUGCCAGAGGAAAGGGUCUCUUGAGCACAUCCUAAGCUGCUGCCCAAAGGCCCUGGGAGAUGGCAGAUACCGCUGGCGCCAUGACCAGGUCCUGCGGGCAAUAGCAGAUACCAUCUGCACUGGCAUAAACACCAGCAAGAGUCAACCUCUAAGCAGGAGCAUGAUUGCCUUUGUUCGAGCAGGGGAGAAACUGCAACCCUCCAAGAAGACCCAAAGGGGCCUGCUCAUGACAGCAAGGGACUGGCAGCUCUUGGUCGAUCUGGGGAGGCAGUUGAGAUUCCCGGAUUACAUCGCAGCCACGACACUCCGCCCGGACAUGGUGCUGUCAUCAACUUCCACCAGGCAGGUUGUGCUGCUUGAACUAACUGUUCCUUGGGAGGACAGAAUAGAGGAAGCCCAGGAGAGGAAGAGGGCUAAAUACACAGAACUUGUGGCUGAGUGCCGGAGGAAUGGCUGGAAGGCCCGCUGUGAGCCUAUUGAAGUGGGCUGCAGGGGCUUCGCAGGCAGAUCUCUACACCGUGUCCUUGGACUCCUAGGGAUUUGCGGUCUGCAGAGACGAAGAGCAACCAAGAACAUCUUGGAAGCAGCUGAAAAGGCUUCUAGGUGGCUCUGGUUGAGGAGGGGGGAGGCGUGGCGUAGUGCGCUACCUGGACACAAGUCGGGGAACUGAUCACCCCCGGCUGGGUCGCCCGAGUGAGGGUGUAUGACUAAGACCCGAAACACCCAGUGAUCUCGGGAGAGUCACUGAAGAUGUGUCCAGGUUGCACCACUAGGUGUAUUACAAUCC